UGGGAUGCAGGCGCGGGAGCCCAAGUCGGAGGGCGAGCGGAGAGCUCAAGUUCGCAUGCCAUUGGCGGGCGACGCGCAGGCGCGUUCGCUCAGACGAGCCGAAUGUUUUCAGGGGAGCGAGGGCAGGAGGCGGAGAGCGUGCGGGGGUCGUCGCGCAUGGGCAGACCGUGCCCGCUUCUGGGUCACUCUGACUUCUUCCUCCGGAGACCCAGGCUGUGCGGGCACGCGGCGUUUGAACCGGAAGCGGGAAUAGUGGGUGUCUACUCGGCUGGAGCCGCUGUGGACGCGGGGAAAGGCGAGUGGAGCGGGAUUUAGGCUGCAGCCGCCGCCUCCGCUUUGGGAAAUUGCACUCUGGCCGUUCGAGUGCAGCGAUUUGAUCUACGAGCAUCUGUUGAGGUUUAAACUAGAUUGGCGUGCGUUGGAGCGCGGAGUGUGGAAUUACUUUUGCUGGAGCUGGAAUGCUGGCUGACAUCUGCAUCCGCGCUGUACAGUCUCCCUUGUGAUUAUUCUGGCCUGUGGUGAGCACUCAAGAGCGUUCGCUGCUGUUCUUGCCGGUAAUCCAUUUUUGGGAAACGGAAGAGAGAAAAAUAGAAAGAAGCCAGCAGAAAAAUCACAGCUUUAAAAAAGAAAAUUUGAGGGCUACAUCUUCCUGGAAGUGUCACGUGUGACGUUUUCUGAAAUUCUGAACCAUGAGUCUAGCACUUAACGAUCUGCUUAUUUGCUGUCGUCAGUUGGAACACGAUAGAGCUACAGAACGAAGGAAAGAAGUUGAGAAAUUUAAGCGCCUUAUCCGGGAUCCUGAAACCGUUCAACAUUUAGAUCGACAUUCAGAUUCCAAACAAGGGAAAUACUUGAAUUGGGAUGCUGUUUUUAGAUUUUUACAGAAAUAUGUUCAAAAAGAAACAGAAUGUCUGAGAACAGCAAAAGCAGGUGUAUCAGCCUCAACACAAGCCACCAGGCAGAAAAAGAUGCAAGAAAUUAGUAGUCUGGUCAAAUACUUCAUCAAAUGUGCAAAUAAAAGAGCACCCAGACUAAAAUGUCAAGAACUCUUGAAUUACAUCAUGGAUACGGUGAAAGAUUCGUUUAAUGGUACUGUUUAUGGAGCCGACUGCAGCAACAUACUGCUCAAGGAUAUUCUUUCAGUGAGAAAAUACUGGUGUGAAAUAACUCAGCAACAGUGGCUAGAGUUGUUCUCUGUGUACUUCAAUCUGUACCUUAAACCUGCACAAGACAUUAAUAGAGUUUUAGUGGCUAGAAUAAUUCAUGCUGUGGCCAGAGGGUGCUGUUCGCAAACUGAUGGAUUGAAUUCCAAAUUGUUGGAUUUCUUUUCCAAAGCUAUUCAUCAUGCAAGACAAGAGAAGAGCUCUGCAGGUCUAAACCACAUCUUAGCAGCGUUUGUUAUCUUCCUCAAGACGUUGGCUGUUAACUUUCGAAUUUGCGUGUGUCAGUUAGGAGAUGAAGUUCUUCCUACCUUGCUUUAUAUUUGGACUCAACACAGACUUAAUGAUUGCUUAAAAGAAGUGAUUAUUGAAUUAUUUCAGCUGCAAAUUUAUAUCCGUCAUCCAAAGGGAGCUAAAACCCAAGAGAAAGGUGCUUAUGAAUCAAAUAAAUGGAAAAGUAUCUUAUACAACUUAUAUGAUCUGCUGAUUAAUGAGAUAAGUCAUAUAGGAAGCAGAGGGAAAUACUCUUCAGGAUCCCGUAAUGUUGCUGUCAAGGAAAACUUGAUUGACCUGAUGGCAGAUAUUUGUCACCAGGUUUUUAAUGAAGAUACCAGAUCUUUGGAGAUUUCUCAAUCUUACGCUAUCACACAAAGAGAACUUAAUGAUUACGGUGCAACUUGCAAAAAGAGGAAAAUAGAAUUAGGCUGGGACGUAAUAAAAGAUCAUCUUCAGAAGUCACAGAAUGAUUUUGAUCUUGUGCCUUGGUUACAGAUUGCAACCCAAUUAAUAUCAAAAUAUCCUUCAAGUUUACCUAACUAUGAGUUGUCACCAUUACUGAUGAUACUGUACCAGCUUCUGCCUCAGCAGCGACAUGGGGAGCGCACGCCGUAUGUGUUACGGUGCCUUGUGGAGCUUGCAUCGUGUCAAGGCAAGAAAUCAGACCUGGAAAGCUCACAGAAAUCAGAUUUAUUGAAACUCUGGACUAAAAUUUGGUGUAUUACUUUUCGCGGUAUAAGUUCUGAACGAAUACAAGCUGAAAACUUUGGCUUACUUGGAGCUAUAAUUCAAGGUGGUUUAAUUGAGGUUGAUAGAGAAUUCUGGAAGUUAUUUACUGGGUCAGCCUGCAGACCUUCAUGUCCUGCAGUGUGCUGCUUGACUUUGGCCCUGACCACCUGCGUUGUUCCAGAAACAGUAAAGACAGGAGUGGAGCAGAACACAUGUGAAGUAAAUAGAAGUUUUUCGUUAAAGGAAUUGAUAAUGAAAUGGCUCUUAUUCUAUCAGUUAGAGGAUGACUUUGAAGACAGUACCGAGCCGCCCCCAGUUCUUCACAGUAAUUUUCCUCAUCUUGCGCUGGAGAAAAUUCUUGUGAGUCUCACCAUGAAAAACUCUAAAGCUGCAAUGAGUUUGUUCCAAAGAGUGCCAGAGUGUGAACAACACCACAAAGAUGCAGAGGAGUCUUCGUUCUCAGAAAUUGAAGAACUGUUUCUUCAGACGACUUUCGACAAGAUGGAUUUCUUAACCAUUGUGAAGGAAUGUCCCGUAGAAAAGCUCCAGUCCAGUGGAGGCAUUUCUGUCCACCAGAACCUCAAAGAAUCACUGGAUCGCUAUCUUCUGGGGUUAUCAGAACAGCUUCUAAAUAACUAUUCCUUUGAGUCUACAGAUGCAGAAACGCUUAUCCGAUGUUCAAGUCUUGUGGUGGGUGUUCUUGGCUGCUAUUGUUACAUGGGUGUAAUAGCUGAAGAGGAAGCAUAUAAAUCAGAGUUGUUCCAGAAAGCCAAGUCUCUCAUGCAGUGUGCCGGAGAAAGUAUCACUGUGUUUAAAAAUAAGCCCCAUGAAGAAUCUAGGAUUAUCUCACUGAGAAAUUUGAUGCAUCUCUGUACACGUUGCUUGUCUAACUGUACCAGGCCCAGUCCAAGUAAGAUUGCAUCUGGAUUUUUCCUGAGAUUGUUGACAUCAAAGCUAAUGAAUGACAUUGCAGAUAUUUGUAGAAGUUUAGCAUCCUUCAGCAGAAAGCCGUUUGACUAUGGAGAAGUGGAAGCAGUGGAAGAUGAUCCUGACGAAAGUCUGAUGGAGGCGGAGGAUCAGUCAUCCAUGAGUCUAUUCAGUGAUUACCCUGCCGGCAGUGUUAGUGAUGCUAAUGUAUCUGGAGAGGGUCAAAGUACUAUUGGUGCCAUGAAUCCUUUAGCUGAAGAACAUCUUUCAAAGCAAGAUCUGCUUUUCCUCGACAUGCUCAAGUUCUUGUGUAUGUGUGUAACUACCGCUCAGACUAGUACCGUGUCAUUCAGAGCAGCUGACAUUCGGAGGAGGCUGUUAAUGUUAAUUGAUUCCAGCAUGCUGGACCCUGCUAAAUCCCUCCACCUGCACAUGUAUCUAGUGCUCUUAAAGGAGCUUCCUGGAGAAGAACAUCCUUUGCCGAUGGAAGAGGUUGUUGAACUCCUAAAGCCACUAUCCAACGUGUGUUCUUUGUAUCGCCGUGACCAGGAUGUUUGCAAAACAGUUUUAAACCACGUCGUUCGUAUAGUGAUGAACCUGUGUCAAGGCAGUGUGGAUGCUGAAAACACAAGGGAUGCUCAAGGGCAGUUUCUGACAGUGAUCGGAGCGUUCUGGCACUUAGCAAAGGAGGGGAAAUGCACAUUCUCUGUAAGAAUGGCACUAGUAAAAUGCCUUAAAACUUUGCUUGAGGCUGAUCCUUAUUCAAAAUGGGCUAUUCUUAAUGUGAUGGGCAAAGAGUUUCCUGUGAAUGAAGUCUUUCCACAUUUUCUUGCUGAUAAUCAUCAUCAAGUUAGCAUGUUGGCCGCAGAGUCCAUCAAUAGAUUAUUCCAGGAUAUGAAGCACGGAGGUUCUUCCACAUUAUUGAAAGCACUUCCUUUGAAGCUUCAGCAAACAGCUUUUGAAAAUGCAUACUCGAAAGCUCAGGAAGGAAUGAGAGAAGUAGCCCACAGAGCUGAGAACGCUGAACUCGUAGAUGAGGUUUAUAACAGAAAAUCUGUCCUGCUGAUGACGAUGGCUGUGAUUUUAUGCUGCAGCCCCGUCUGUGAGAAACAGGCUUUGUUUGCCCUGUGCAAGGCUAUGAAAGAGAGUGGGUUAGAACCUCACCUCAUUAAAAAGGUUUUAGAGAAAGUUUCUGAAACUUUUGGGUACAGACAUUUAGAAGACUUCAUGGCGUCUCAUUUGGAUUAUCUGGUUUUGGAAUGGCUGAAUCUUCAAGAUACUGAACACAGCUUAUGUUCUUUUCCUUUUAUUUUAUUAAACUACACAAACGUUGAGGAUUUCUAUAGAUCUUGUUAUAAGGUUUUGAUUCCACAUCUGGUGAUUAGAAGUCGUUUUGAUGAGGUGAAGUCCAUUGCCAAUCAGAUUCAAGAGGAUUGGAAAACUCUUCUAACACACUGUUUUCCAAAGAUUCUUGUAAAUAUUCUUCCUUACUUUGCCUAUGAGGGUACAGGAGAAAGUGAGACAGUACAGCAGAGAGAGACUGCUACCAAAGUCUACGACACACUCAAAGAUGAAAACUUACUAGGAAAACAGAUUGAUCACUUAUUCCUCAGUAAUUUACCAGAGAUUGUUGUGGAGUUACUGAUGACGUUACACGAACCAGCAACUUCUGGUGGCAGCCAAAGCACUGACCUCGGUGACUUUUCAGGGGAUUUGGACCCUGCUCCUAACCCACCUCAUUUCCCAUCACACGUGAUCAAAGCAACGUUUGCCUAUAUCAGUAAUUGCCAUAAAACCAAGCUUAAAAGCAUCUUAGAAAUUCUUUCCAAAAGCCCUGAUUCCUAUCAGAAAAUUCUUCUAGCCAUAUGUGAACAAGCCGCUGAGACAAAUAAUGUUUAUAAAAAGCACAGAAUUCUGAAAAUAUAUCACCUAUUUGUUAGUUUAUUACUGAAAGACAUAAAAAGUACCUUAGGAGGAGCGUGGGCCUUUGUUCUUCGAGACGUUAUUUACACAUUGAUUCAUUAUAUCAACAAAAGGCCUUCUCGUUUCAUGGACGUGUCGUUACGAAGCUUCUCCCUGUGUUGUGACCUGUUAAGCCGGGUUUGCCACACAGCAGUCACUUACUGCAAGGAUGCUUUAGAAAAUCACCUUCACGUCAUUGUCGGUACACUCAUACCCCUUGUGGAUGAUCAGAUGGAGGUUCAGGAACAGGUAUUGGACUUGUUGAAAUACUUAGUGAUAGAUAACAAGGAUAAUGAAAACCUCUAUAUGACAAUUAAACUUUUAGAUCCUUUUCCUGACCAUGAUGUCUUUAAGGAUUUGCGUCUUACUCAGCAGAAAAUUAAAUACAGUAAAGGACCCUUUUCACUUUUGGAGGAAAUAAAUCAUUUUCUCUCCGUGAGUGUUUAUGAUGCACUUCCUUUGACAAGGCUCGAAGGGUUGAAGGAUCUUCGCAGACAGCUGGCACAACAUAAAGAUCAGAUGAUGGAUCUCAUGAGAGCAUCUCAGGAAAACCCACAAGAUGGCAUAAUGGUGAAACUAAUCGUCAGCUUGUUGCAGUUAUGCAAGAUGGCAGUGAGCCAAACUGGUGAAAGAGAAGUUUUAGAGGCUGUUGGAAGCUGCCUGGGAGAAGUGGGUCCUGUAGACUUCUCGACGAUAGCUAUCCAGCAUAGCAGAGAUACAUCUUCUACCAAGGCCCUGGAGUUCUUUGAAGAUAAAGAACUUCAGUGGACCUUCCUAACGCUGACCUACCUGAAUAAUACGCUAGUAGAAGAUUGUGUCAAAGUGCGAUCAGCUGCUGUUACCUGUUUGAAAAGCAUCUUAGCCACAAAGACUGGACAUACUUUCUGGGAGAUUUAUAAGACGACAACUGAUCCCAUGCUGAUCUAUCUACAGCCUUUUAGAACAUCGAGAAAAAAGUUUUUAGAAGUACCCAGACUGGACAAAGAAAGUCCUUUAGAAGGCCUGGAUGAUACGAGCCUGUGGACUCCUCAAAGUGGAAAUCAUGACAGUUGGAUAAAGAGGCUGACUUGUGCAUUUUUGGAUAGUGGAGGCACAAAGAGUGAAAUUCUUCAAUUAUUAAAGCCAAUGUGUGAAGUGAAAACUGACUUUUGUCAGACUGUGCUUCCAUACUUGAUUCAUGAUAUUUUACUCCAAGAUACAAAUGAAUCAUGGAGAACUCUGCUGUCUACACACAUUCAGGGAUUUUUCACUAACUGUUUCAGACACUCCUCACAAACGAGCCGAUCCACAACCCCUGCAAAUUUGGAUUCAGACUCAGAGCACUUUUUCCGAUGCUGUGUGGAUAAAAAGUCCCAGAGGACCAUGCUUGCUGUUGUGGACUACAUGAGGAGACAAAGGAGACCUUCCUUAGGAACCGUUUUUGAUGAUGCUUUCUGGCUGGAGUUGAAUUACCUGGAGGUUGCUAAGGUGGCUCAGUCUUGUGCUGCUCACUUUACAGCAUUGCUCUAUGCGGAAAUUUAUGCAGAUAAGAAAAGCACAGAUGACCAGGAGAAAAGAUGUGCUCUUGUGACAAACAGAAGCCUUAUGUUUGAAGAAGCAAGCCAAAAUACAACGAUUUCUAGUUUGAGUGAAAAAAGUAAAGAAGAAACUGGAAUAAGUUUACAGGAUCUGCUCUUAGAAAUCUAUAGAAGUAUCGGAGAGCCAGAUAGCCUGUAUGGCUGUGGUGGGGGGAAGAUGCUCCAGCCCCUUACCAGGCUGCGAACGUACGAGCAUGAAGCCAUGUGGGGGAAAGCCCUGGUGACAUAUGACCUUGAGACGGCAAUCUCCUCAUCCACCCGCCAGGGAGGAAUCAUCCAGGCCCUGCAGAAUUUGGGACUCUGCCAUAUCCUUUCCGUCUAUUUAAAAGGAUUAGACCUUGGAAAUAAAGAGUGGUGUGCAGAGCUGCAGGAGCUCUGUUACCAAGCAGCGUGGAGGAAUAUGCAGUGGGACCACUGUGUUUCUGCCAAUAAAGGAAUGGAGGGAACCAGUUACCAUGAAUCCGUGUACAAUGCUCUACAGUCUCUGAGAGAUAGAGAAUUCUCCACAUUUUAUGAAAGUCUCAAAUAUGCCAGGGUGAGAGAAGUGGAGGAGCUGUGUAGGGGCAGCCUCGAGUCCGUGUACUCGCUCUACCCCACCCUCAGCAGGCUGCAGGCCAUUGGAGAGCUCGAAAACAUCGGGGAGCUUUUCUCCAGAUCGGUCCCUGGUAGGCAGCCCUCCGAAGUCUACGCUAAGUGGCGGAAACACUCCCAGCUUCUCAAAGACAGUGACUUUAGUUUUCAGGAGCCCAUCAUGGCUCUCCGCACAGUCAUUUUGGAGAUCUUGAUGGAAAAGGAAAUGGAAAACUCCCAGAGAGAAUGUUUUAAGGAUAUUCUCACCACGCACCUUGUAGAACUCUCCAUACUAGCCCGAACUUUUAAGAACACUCAGCUCCCCGAACGGGCAAUAUUUCACAUUAAACAGUACAACCCACCUGGUCGUGGAGUCUCCGAGUGGCAGCUGGAGGAGGCCCAAGUAUUUUGGGCAAGAAACGAGCAGAGUCUCGCCCUGAGUGUCCUCAAGCAGAUGAUCAAGAAGCUGGACUCCAGUGGUGCAGAGAAUGAUCCCAGCCUAAGACUUCUGUACACAGAAUGUCUGAGGGUUUGCGGCACCUGGUUGGCGGAAACUUGCUUAGAAAACCCUGCGGUCAUCAUGCAGACCUACCUGGAAAAGGCAGUGGAAGUUGCUGGAAAUUAUGACGGAGAAAGCAGUGAUGAGCUUAGAAAUGGAAAAAUGAAGGCAUUUCUCUCAUUAGCACGGUUCUCGGAUACGCAGUACCAGAGAAUUGAAAACUACAUGAAAUCAUCAGAAUUUGAAAACAAGCAGGCUCUCCUGAAAAGGGCCAAAGAGGAAGUGGGCCUUCUCAGGGAGCAUAAAAUUCAGACCACCAGAUACACGAUAAAGGUGCAGCGAGAGCUGGAGCUGGAUGAGUGUGCGCUCCGUGCCCUGAAAGAGGAUCGUAAGCGGUUCUUAUGUAAAGCAGUUGAAAAUUACAUCAGUUGCUUAUUGAGUGGAGAAGCGCACGAUAUGUGGAUAUUCCGUCUUUGUUCUCUCUGGCUUGAAAAUUCUGGAGUUUCUGAAGUCAAUGGCAUGAUGAAGAGCAAAGGAAUGAACAUUCCGUCAUACAAAUUCCUGCCUCUUAUGUACCAGCUGGCUGCUAGAAUGGGGACCAAAAUGAUGGGGGGCCUAGGAUUCCACGAAGUCCUCAAUAACCUUAUCUCUACAAUUGCUAUGGAUCACCCCCAUCAUACCUUGUUUAUUAUACUGGCUUUAGCAAAUGCAAACAAAGAUGAAUUUUUGACCAAACCAGAGGCGGCAAGAAGGAGUAGAAUGAGUAAAAAUGCACCUAAACAAAGCUCUCAGCUUGAUGAGGAUCGAACCGAGGCUGCAAACAGAAUAAUAAGUACUAUCAGAAGUAGGAGACCUCAUAUGGUCAGAAGUGUAGAGGCACUUUGUGAUGCUUACAUCAUAUUAGCAAACUUAGAUGCCACUCAGUGGAGGACGCAGAGAAAAGGCAUAAAUAUCCCAGCCGACCAGCCAAUUACUAAACUGAAGAAUUUAGAAGAUGUUGUUGUCCCAACUAUGGAAAUUAAGGUGGAUCCUACUGGAGAAUAUGGAAAUCUGGUGACUAUACAGUCAUUUAAAGCAGAAUUUCAUUUAGCAGGAGGUUUAAAUUUACCUAAAAUAAUCGAUUGUUUGGGCUCUGAUGGAAAGGAAAGGAGACAGCUUGUCAAGGGCCGUGAUGACCUGAGACAAGAUGCCGUCAUGCAGCAGGUGUUCCAGAUGUGUAACACGUUGCUGCAGAGAAACACCGAGACCAGGAAGAGGAAAUUGACUAUCUGUACAUACAAGGUGGUUCCGCUUUCCCAGCGAAGUGGAGUUCUCGAAUGGUGCACGGGAACCGUCCCUAUCGGUGAAUUUCUUGUUAACAACGAGAAUGGCGCUCAUAAGCGAUACAGGCCAAAGGAUUUCAGCGCCCUUCAGUGCCAAAAGAAAAUGAUGGAUGUACAAAAGAAGUCUUUCGAAGAGAAAUAUAAAACCUUCACGGAUAUCUGCCAAAAUUUUCAACCGGUUUUCCGUUACUUCUGCAUGGAAAAAUUCUUGGACCCGGCUGUCUGGUUCGAGAAACGACUGGCUUACACGCGCAGUGUGGCUACUUCUUCUAUCGUCGGUUACAUACUUGGACUUGGUGAUAGACACGUACAGAACAUCUUGAUAAAUGAGCAGUCCGCAGAGCUCGUACACAUAGAUUUAGGAGUCGCUUUUGAACAGGGUAAAAUCCUGCCUACUCCUGAGACAGUUCCUUUCAGACUCACCAGAGAUAUUGUGGAUGGGAUGGGCAUUACUGGUGUUGAAGGUGUCUUCAGAAGAUGCUGUGAGAAAACCAUGGAGGUUAUGAGAAGCUCUCAGGAAACCCUGUUGACCAUCGUGGAGGUUCAGAACCAUUUAGUCACUGACUCAUGUUGAUCAGGCAGAAAGGGAAGGAAGGAAAGCAGAUUUCCAGUGCCUGUGACACCAGCUCUACCCAGGACAAAAUUGUGUACCUAGAGCAGGCACUCACCACGCUGGCGAGAAGGGUGUGUGGAGCAAGAGGCAGUAGUGUCUCCUCCACAAGGCAACGUGGGGGCCAGAGUAUAGGCGAGCCUCCCUUACUUAGAGUCUUCAGCUUUUAUUCCUUUACCUGGUGGUGCUGGACCGGCUGUACUUUAGGAUCACCUGCGCUCCUUUUAAAAAAAUGUUGAGGCUGACCAUACUCAAACCAUACUUCUGGGGAUAGGGCAGGAACAUUUGUGGUUUUUAUGAGCUAUCAACCUGUACUGGGUCGAGGCUGGGGAUGCCGCUGAACUUCGUUCAGUGCACAGGACACCCCCACAACAAAGCGUUCAGCCCGAUAAUGUCAGUAAUGCCAAGAUUGAAAAACCCUAUUCUAGCUUAAUCAGGCUGUGUCCCUUUAUUGUGUUCCAUUCUGAUAGUAAGACUAAAGUCAAUUUUUGAAAUACUCUGGUUCCUCCUUGAUUUCAGAGUUGGCAACUAUGACUCCAGAAGGCCUAGAGUUCGAAAUAAUUUAUGUUUCUUCAACCCAAGAAGAACAUACAGGCUUUUUAUAAUAGUAGAAGCCUCCAUUUCUUUUGGUUGAUUAAUAAAAUGUACCUCCCUAUGGGUUCAAACUUAAGCAACCAUCAAUUUCAGAUAGACUGCUAUAUAAAAAUAUUAUAUAUAAGCCUAAUGGUCACCACAAAUCAAAAAAUUCUAAUAGAUAUGCAAAGAAUAGAAAAGAAUCCAAUUAUAAUUACUAAAGAAAGUCAGCAAACCAUGAAAGAGCAGGAGAAGGAUCAGAGAAAAACCACAAAAACAACACAAA